AUGGCAGAGGAAAUGGCAAACAUGAAGCCAGCUUGUGGCAGUGGUGAGGAGGUGGGAGAGUACGACCUGCCCUUGCACGUCGUGGCCCUUUUCUUGGUCAUGGGCUUCUCAUGCCUUGGAGCGGGUUUCCCCGUCGUGGCAAAGAAGGUCAAGUGGAUGAAGAUUCCACCUAAGGUGUUUUUCGCUUGCAAGCAUUUUGGUACAGGUGUCUUGAUCGCAACAGCAUUCGUUCACCUGCUGCCUACAGCGUUCGCCAGCUUGAUGGAUCCAUGCCUUCCGGACUUCUUCACUGAUAUUUACCCGCCAAUCACUGGCGUCAUCAUGAUGGCUGCUCUCUUUGCCCUCUUCGUUAUUGAGAUGACCCUGAACCACAAGAUGGGUGGCCAGGCUCAUUCUCACGGUGGCAACUUCGGUACCAGCGCACCUGCGGCACCGACGAUGGCUCCUGAGCGCCCUCCCCGAUAUAAUCACCAAAGCUACGAGACGGAUGUGUCCUUUGAGAAGAAGGUCCAGCAGCAAGUCUAUGCCGACCAGGAGAGGUUCGAGCGCCUGCAGCCCAACCCCUUUGGCGACGACGCCCAGGAGCUGGCUGCGCGCUCAGAGAUGCCUCCUUGGUUCAUCGUCUUUUACGAGCAGUACGUCCGCCAGCGCAUGGAGAUGGUCAACAUCAUGAAGGGCUCGCAGCCUCAGGUUUCCGUCCAGCCCACAUACAAUGUCUCCGAGCCCUCCAAGCCCGCGGUUGGCCUCAUCGACUCGCCUUACAUCGAUGUUGAAACUGGCCUGCCCGUCGACGAGAUGACGUACAAGAAGAUGUCCAUGAACAUCACCCUGCUUGAGGGCGGUAUCCUCUUCCACUCCGUCUUCGUCGGCAUGACCGUUUCUAUCACCAUCGAAGGCUUCAUUAUCCUGCUGAUCGCCAUCCUGUUCCAUCAAAUGUUUGAGGGUCUCGGUCUUGGUACCCGUAUCGCUGCUGUUCCCUAUGCCAAGGGCAGUAUUCGUCCCUGGGUGUUGGUCUUUGCUUUCGGAACCACUGCGCCCAUCGGACAGGCUAUUGGACUCAUCACUCGCAACACAUACGAUCCUAACAGCGCCUUUGGUCUGAUUAUUGUCGGUAUCUUCAACGCCAUUUCUUCCGGUCUUUUGUUGUAUGCAGCCACUGUUGAUCUUCUGGCUGAGGACUUCCUUUCCGAGGAGGCCCAACACACUCUCACUAAGAAGGAUAAGAUCACCGCCUUCAGCUACGUUCUUUUGGGAGCUACGGGCAUGUCUAUCGUUGGUGGCUUUGCCUAA